GCCGCUGUCAGCCGAAUGGGACGCACUGACGUCACUUGUUCUGCGCCACGGUCUCUCGUGGAACGCAAACAAGCCGGAAGGGAUGAGAGUCCCACCGUCGACCUCAUGGUUUCUUUGGAGUUCUUUUCGGCGCUGCCCGGUCCGUUUCCGGUGCUGAACCUAGCGGAGGUUCUGGUACUUCCCGUCGACAGGAAACGGGAUGAGGCGGAUACUUUCACCGCGAGGCGGGUCCGAUUUGGCCGGGAACACGAGUUCUUUGAGGACGGCGAUAUACACCGGCAUCUCUACCUCCAGGGGGUGCUGACGAGCAUCAGAGAAGUGGAAGAAAAACCCAAGGUGUCAGAAUUCCGAUGUCAGACCCCCGGCUGCUCUCAGCUCUUCGGCACGCUCGAGUCCUACGAGCGCCACUACAACGCCCUGCACCGGAACGUCUGCUCCGCGUGCAAGAGAUCCUUCCCGUCGGCCCGGCUGCUGGACAUCCACAUCCUCGAGUGGCACGAUUCGCUGUUCCAGGUCAUGGCGGAGAAGACCAACAUGUACCAGUGCCUGGUGGAAGGAUGCGCGGAGAAAUUCAAGACGGGCAACGAGCGGAGAGAUCACCUGAUCGAGACUCACCUGUACCCUCCGGACUUCCGCUUCGACAGACCCAAGAAGGGCAAAAGCAAACCAAAGCAGCAGAAGAGCCGGGUCCAAGAGCCGUCCAUGGACCCUGGGCUCGGGGAGGAACCUCCGGAGGAAUCCAUGGAGAUCGGCCCCUCUGUGGAAGGUGACGGGUCUUCGGAUAAAUGCAAAGGGGCCGCGGCUCCGUCAAACCACCGCGCCAAGCACAGGGUCCCCCGUACCAUAUGCUUCGGUCACGGCUCCGUGCGAGGAUUCAGACACGCCAGGAAGAAUAAAUAAACAAAUUGCAGGAAAAAAA